UGUCAGCCACUUCGGAUGCAUAUUCUAUGCUGUGCUCUCGUGUCUUGUUUUUUUCACUUUCGAUUAAUUCAUGCGCCGUGAUGAGAAAUGCCUGUGCGUCAUCAGUUCUCUUUCAAGGCACGUUGUUGUGAUUGAGCCGCCCGCCAUAAUAACACAAGAAUUUCUGAGUUAGUUUCUAAUGUGGACGUAAUAAAAAGUUUAUCGGCGAAAGUUGACUGGACCAAAAGUGUGGGGCGGAUUAUUAACUUUGAUUCGUCAAGUUGCUUGAGUGGGGAAGAAGAUAUAUAGAGAACUAACUCGUGGUUCAAAAUCUGUGAUGAAAGUGCGUAGACUGCUGGCAAUAAAGUUGCCGUUAACGGGUCAACGCCAUCGCAGCAGCAGCAGCUGAUGCCCCCGUAAAGCGCCAAGGCAGGAAACAGCAUACAUAUAUAGCUGCAUGGUCGUAUCUUUCAUUCUACAAUUCUUUGUCGCCGGUUGCGGUUGUGCAUUUUCGCGCUUUUUUUCACGUGGUCAGACGUGGUGUUGCUGGAUAAAGUGGACAGCCAUGGAAUAUUUUUGUCUUUUCGACCAACUUUGAUUGGCCCCACUUCAUAUUACAGAAAUUUUUCAUUGAAAUUGAUGCCAUAAGCCUAAAACUCCAAAGUAUGGUUCCUACGAUAAAAAAAUUAGGCACGAAAGACUGGGUCAAAAUUAAGGAAAUGUGAAAUUGGAGCGACUGUGAAAUGGAAGAAAAAGUCACCCGAUCUGCCGGCGUGAAAUUGUGUCGUAAUCAUCGACAAGUGACCGGACUGCCAUCGCAGUGGACGUACUGAUUCGGAUGCGGAAGCGCCGCUCGUUGUCGAUUAUAAGGGCCGGAGAUUGGCCGGCCUGGUAUGAUGAACCACGUCCAUCCCGUUCACGUUUCACACCUGGUGCUGCCAUGAGCCGCUUUGGAGUUAGCAGUUGCUCUCGUCUCUCGCUGACGUUGUUUUUCCUCGUCGUUUUGAACUCGAUGUUGUUUAUGGCAGUUGGAGCAGCUCCCGUCACAUCCGUGUCCAACGAUAAGAGGAGCAGUGCCGGAUCACGCACAUCUUUAAGCCGCUGCCCAGCCAUUUUCAACCCGAUCCCUAUGGUUGCCAAUGCCAAAGUUGCCACCAGUCCCGAUCUAACUGGCCAAAAUGGCCAAUCGAACGCAACGGAACCGUCAACGUGUCGCUACUUUUUGACGAAACGUUUUGGGACGCUGACGACGCCCGGCUUCCCGUCGGCUUUCCCCUUGCCGUUCAUGUGCAGUUGGAUCAUCAACGCGACGGGAUUUGAGGCCGACUCGUUCGUGACUCUUUACCUGACGCAGAUGUACCUGACUCGCGGCGUCAAAGCCGUCCAGUACUCUUUCCGCAACGAGACAACCGCCAUCGGUCGCAAGGAGCUGGACGAGCUGCACACACUUCGUCCCCGGCCGUAUUCCGUCUACAGGAUCAAAGCGCGGUACCUGGAAGUGCAGGUGAACCUAGACGAGUUGGUCAACGCCAACCUGCGAGUCGAGCGCCGGUUCAUGGACGUUUACGGCUUCAACAUCACGUACGAAAUCCAACCAAACACUUCGCGCAUUCGCUCGGAUACGUGCAACGUUGCCAACUGCACAUUUAACGGCCACUGUUACGCCAAUCACAAUUACAGCCAGUUCCAGUGUUCCUGUCUGCCGGAUUUCUCUGGAAAGUAUUGCCAAUAUGGUCCCGAAUGCAAUCCGGCCAAAGGAAUCAACGUCUGCAAAAAUGGUGGCGUUUGUGGGUACCGCAGCGGUUUGACGGUUGUGCGCUGCAGUUGUCCGCCCAAUUACAACGGAAGUUUGUGCGAGUUUCGCCGUGAAUUCAUCCCCUCCAAAGAGUGCCUUUCACGGUUCCGGUUAAACUGCAGCCACCACUGCGCCGUAACGGACAAGGGAGGAGCCGCUUGCCGCUGCCCGUUCGAUCAGGCCUUGAGAUCCGACAAUGUGACCUGCUAUCCGCUCGUGCCAUUAAGAAUCUUGGGGAACGUCGUACUGGAUAGGCCAAUAAGUUUCAGUGACAAGCGCUUGGUGGACGGAGUCACGACCGAGUUGAAGAAAAUGACCGACGAAUUAACAGCGUACCUGUUCGUGGUGGGUUCAGUCGAUCUGUUCGAAUCUGAUUCAAAUCGGCUACAGUUCAUACUAUGGAAUUCCGAGAAUUACAAUAUGAGCCGGACGAAUUGGAUCCAGCAGCAAGUUCCUUCCGUGGCAGCCGUAAAAAGCCGAGGUUUCACUGCACUACUCAAUCGAUCGGCCACCGGACUUCGGUCCUCUUGGACUGGCGUCAUGAAGAGGAUGCCGCGUGGCAUCAUAAAUCCAUUCACCACCACCUACAUCCCACAGCAGUGGAACAACUCUUAUUCGUCCUUCGUCAACCAAAUAAACACGAAAACGUGGAAAGUGCAGGGCGAAGCCAUCGCCAUUCGAAACCUCAGCAUUGUCCAAGUUCCAGCUCUCAUCAUCGAGUGGGUAAAACUGGACGUCAAAGGUCAGGUUCGAGAAGGCUAUCCCUUCACAGUGGCAUGCAACGCAAACGGCUCGGGUAGGAAAGAUUUGAAAAUGGACUGGUUCAAGGAUGGCCAUAAGGUGGACGACUCUUUUGCUCUGGCGCGCAACGUGUCCAUCUUCAUUCACGAGAAUCAGGACCUUCGAGGAUUCUUCACGUUUUAUUUGGAGGUGAAACAGGCGUCGUUAGCUGAUCGUGGCGAAUUUGAAUGUCGGGCCACUGACUGGGGACAGACUGUCCGGAAGAGCGUUUUUCUCGACGUCAUCACCCCUCCCAUUCUCGACCUGAUGCCCAUCAAUCCCGUUGUCCUGCCGGGAACGGCCGUGAAUUUGACGUGUCGUGAUGAGAACCAUCUGGCCCGGCGGACGACAACCAAGUACGUCUGGUUGAAAAAUGGCCGGCCGAUUGAAUCGUCAUGUGAUGAGAUCAUUGAAGAUUUGACGCCAGUCGGGAGUCUUUUGAAAAUCACUGCGAUUCAGCAUAGCACCAAUUACUCAUGCCGAGGUGAAAACGGAACCAAACUGGCGAACAAGACGACGCACAUUUUUGUUGUUCGUCCAGACAGAGCCUGUCCCCAGGAGAAGAACCGGGGCGUCGAAUGGCUUAUGACGGCUGUUGACGUCACCAAUUAUCAAUUCUGUCCAGCCGGAUACGUUGGCGUGACAAGGAGACGUUGUCUCUCCGUUAAACAGCCGAUAGACAACAGCGAAAUCGCAGCGACUGCAGUUCGGGAAUUUUGGAAAUGGGGCGAACCAGAUUUUUCCGACUGCAGUGAUCGUGAAGUCACCGAACUCUACCGUCAGUUGAAGUUGAUCACUUUGGGCUAUGCCGUCACCGAUAUCGCCUCCAUCAUCAACAAAUUUGCCGAUUUCAUUCAAAGAAAACUCAAAGAUUUUGCAGAUCACGAGAGUCUGAAAAGUGCGGGUAGCGAACAGACAACCCAAUUCCUUUAUCUGCCUGGCGAAGGCAACGCUCUGCUAGAAAUAGCCAUGAACUUGGAGGCUUUUCUCUGGAGAAGGACAGAAGUUUUACCACAGUCCUUCUGGAACUCGACAGCUAUCCAAUACUUGUAUGCACUUGAUGCCCUGCUGUCCAUGCCAAAAGACUUUUUCCGCUUGGAUGGAGGAAUACCGAUCCUGCGAUUCAUCCAGAAUCACUUGACUCUGUUAGGCAUCAGUCCGAAAGGAGGAUAUCCUCUUGGUGCCAUUGAAUCGCAUCUAUUAAAGAACAGCGACAUUGACACCGACUUUAAUAAGAAAGAGCUCAAGUACAAAGAACGUUUGAAAUUCUUGCCAAGUCAAACAGGUUUCAAAAAUCUUACGCAACUUGCGCCCGCCCAAUUCUUUCUCAAUAAACCAAACGGAUCCAACGUGACGAUGGAUUUCUUUUCGACGGUUGAACAACUGCAGAUAAGGGGCGGUGAAUAUAUUUGCGCCUUGUUGCUCCUUCAACCCACAAAUCAUUCCCGUGGAUGGGACUAUUGGGACAUGAAUUCUUGUUCCAUCGAACGGCUGUCGGACCCGUCUGCGUUCCGCUGCCUUUGCUCUCAUCAAGGGACAGUUGUUUUGCUGUACGCAGAAAGGGACUCGAUGCAGCACACCGAUGCAACAUUUGAUCUGUGGAAAAUCAUCGUUUUUGUGGCCUCCACUUCCAGUUUGAUUGUCGUCAUUGGCGUAAUUGUUUUGUCGAUCAAGUGGUAUCGGCAUCGCUGUGUUUGGGUUUGGUUUCAAAUCCAGUUAGGGGUUGCACUUGUCCCACCUUCUUCUGUCUAUUUUUUGCCAACCGAAUCCAUCAUUUCCGACCCAUUCUGGACCAUCGUGUUGACUGUGGCGACUUAUCAAUUCGUGACGACCGUUUGGGCCAUGAUCAUGUACUUGAAAAUGAACGCUAUCCACCGUCCGGAUGAAGAGGAAGUUUCGGAUAAGUUUAAUCAGAAUAAUGUCAGACUGGUUGGCUUGUCGAUAGGUAUUCCGCUGUCGUUGUCGGGUGUCCAGAGUUUGAUUGAAGAAUUCUCAACGGGAUCGCCGUUCGUCAGCUGGUUUUCCCAGCUCAGCUCCAUCUCUGGGAUCUUUUUUUGUUUGAUUUAUUGUACGUUAUUGAUUGCCAUCCUAUCCUUGUAUGUCAUAUCGACACGGGUAAGGGACGUUUCUUCUGAGAAGUUCAACGCCUUCACUCAAGAGGUUCCUAAUGUAACCGAGAUUAGUUCCGGAUACAACCAACGCUGCCUGCUGCUAGCAAUUUUGAGCCUUCUAUUGACUGGAACUAUGUUGAGUCAUCUUCGUUGGAUUUCGCUUAGCGCUCACUGUAUUGCCGCAUUUUUACAUUUGCUAGAAGUUUUACUGGUUUUCGCUUUGAUGAUGACGUUCAGUGGUACAAAUUACACCUGUUCUUUAUUGUGUUUUUGGCGCCGGAAUAAAUUACCCGAAGGAGAAACGGUGAAUGAAUUACUCAACGCAACGGCUAUGGUUGAGAGCCCACAGAGGAGGAACCUGCUGUCGCAGGAACAACUUCCGGUUGACGAAGAUGAAACAUUGAAGACAAUCAAUAAAACGAAAAGGACAAUUCAGCCUAGUGUGGAUGACACCGUGUUUCCCGCACCUAAAAGAAGCAAAAGAUGUAACCGAGCAGGUCCAGCUUCGUCUCCUUUACUUCAGCGAGCCGGACUGGGUCCUGAAGUGUUGCGGGCGUUCGGCGUGGAACCGCAGUCUUCGCACCAACUUGUUGGCAAAACUACUGGAUGCCUUCAAGCAGAAAACACAUCUGUGAACGGACCGGGAGAUGCGAUGGGAUCUGGUAGAGAUCGAGUCAAUUCCAUUGCGACGUGUGAUGGAAUGCAACGGGACGACAUGGAUUCAGGAUUUGGACCCAGUGGCGGUGGUGGAAGUCAAAAAUUAAACGGGUUGGAUAGAUUUUCUGACGCAUGGAAGUUCUUGAGUCGCAUCCGCUGGAAGUUGCCGCUACGCGGAUUACCUUCGAAUGGGAGCACCAGCGGCGGAGGUUCAUUUCGGUCACGACAAAGCACGAUGAGUAGCGCUACAACGGCGGAAUUCGGUGGUGAACAAAGUAGCAGUGUGACGACUGAAGAGACGGAGGUUCAGAUCCGGGAGUCUGAAGAUACUGAAUCCUUGAUGGCACCUUACAGAUUGAGACGAUCGAGGACACGGUGGACUGACGACUACGGCCGAGAAAAUGAACUCGACUCCAGGGAAGUCAGUAAUUUGACUAUAAAAUGCAAACCUUAUAGAGGUCGAUGUUUCAUCCGCUGUUCGCCGGAAAAAAUCGGAUCCAAUGCCCUGUGGAACCAUCAGUGUCAGGACGUAAUUAGCGACAGGCAAGCGAGUUGGUUCCCAACGCAAAACGACAGCUGCGAACGAUGCUGGCACAACCCAGAAACUCCAUUUUGUGACAUCUGUCUCACAGAUAAUUCUCAUCCCGUUCAAAGUCGUCCGGGAACCAUGUUCGUCCGAGCUGUCAUUGAAAAUCCACCUAAACUUCCGAAUAAAGACGACUGCGAAUACUUGAAAAUGGAUCCUGCUGGAAGCCUGGCCGUUGAUCAACAACGUGUCAAACGGCUUCAGGUCUACUACAACACGACCGUCAAACCGGCGACCCAAACCACAAAUGAUGGCGAUUCCAACGUCAUCAAUAAAGAGAAGCUGAUGAGCUGCGCAUCCUUUACAAAAUCCUCCUGCAUAUCUCCGUCUUUGUUGCGUCAAAAGAAAAUUCUCAACGGGCGAAUCUUCAAAAAGUAUCGAAUCUCGUUGCGCAACGUUGUACAUUCCACUCAGCAACGCAGACCAAACGAAAUCAAUUACCCAGCUGAAUUUAUCUCGUUAAGGGACCAAACGCUCUAAAUUUGUACCUAAUCAAUUCCCAUUUAAUAACCCAACCCUGAUUCAUCAUAGCAAUUUUUGCACGCAACAGUCGUCCUGUCGAAAGAUAUUCAGACCUCAAUGUUUAGGCGAACGAAUGCCAAACCAGAAAAUAAUUGUAUUUUUAAAGGACCAUAGUUAGAUGGCGAGUGUUCAAAUGUUCUAGUCAACUCUCUUCUUUAACCGGUGACAAUUGCCUCUUUAAAUAACUUCAAGCGACCAAACAACCAAAGGCCCACAGCAACCUCUCAAUUACUCCUCAGUUUUUUUUCACUUGUCUCAACCUUUCUCCUGCCACAGAGGAGUGUUUUACAUAUCAACGCACAGUAGUUUGUGUAAUUAUUUAUCUGAAAUUUUUUUGGUUUGGCAGAUAAUCCAAUUUGUUUUGGCUUUGUAAUGUUCCUUGAUAGAUCAAAUUCAAUUCUUCGGUACUGCUGCACUGCAGGUAACGAUUUGAUUUAAAUUACUUAUUCCUCUAGAUUUAAGCUAAUUUGAUUGAAAUUUGGAGCUGAUUGAUUUUUUAAAUGCCAUGUAUAUACUUUAUAUUCAACACAUAUUUAUUUUAAAAUGUGACAGAAUGAUUUUAUCCCUUUUUUUUUACAAUGCGCUCACAGUUUAUUCUCCACCAUGUAAAACAUGACUAAAUGGGUGAGACAAAUUUUUCUGCGAGAAAAAUUUAAAAGUUGGCGCUCAAUUUAUUUGUGGAUUGUAUUCUAUUCUUAUUGCUGAUGAAAAAAAAAAAACAGCUUUUCUUGACUGGUUAAUACCGGUUAAUACGUGGCGAGUAAGUAUUAAAACGGCUUAAAAGCCAACUCAAUCAACAUGCGAUAUUUCUCCCACACUUAAUGGUGCAGUUGCAGUUACCCACUGAAAUAAGCUUAUUUUGAAACAAAGUUGUAAUUGUCUUUAUUUUGAAAAAAAAAAAAAAAAUUAUAUGUUCGUAAAUCAAGAUUGAUAAUCUGAAACAUUGUUAAUCUUUUUUUUAUCAGGAAAAUCCCAGAAAAAUCUAUCUAGACAUUAUCGGCUUGCUUUUUGUUCCAAUUUCAACGCCUCUGCGGAACGACGCCCACGCCAGUAUCGGCGGUAACCGCCAUAAUAGCCGCGGUAGAACUGGCUGGUUCUUGAUCAAUCAAUUGAUCAAAUCUUCAAAAAAUUUACCUUUAAGUAUUUUUCCUUCCGUAUCCAGGCAAUCCAUGCAGCGUCAAUUGUAUAUGAUAGGCUGAUAGUACUAUGGUACCAAAUCAAAUUUUUGACAAUAAGAAUUUUUGUUUAUUUGACCAUUUCACCGUGGUUUUAACAAACAAGGAUAGCUUAUUGAAAUGUGGAAAAGCCAAAUUUAGUGCAAGGUUCGUUGAAAUAGUCCGGAUUCAGCUUUUUCUUUUUUUUUUAAAGUCGGGAUCUCACUUACCAAUAGUAUCCAUUGCGAUAUCCGUACCUGCUGUAACUGUAAGGAUAACCAUAAUAACUACGGCCGUACCAUUCGUUAGCGUCCAGGUCACCAUCAACUUUAACAUCGACAUCUUUUUCCGGUGUUAUUUCAUCUACGGAUCGACGUCCACGCCAAUAUCCCAGACCGUAACAGCCUCGGCGAGACUCGUUGAUUUCCAGGUCAGUAUUAAUGGUUCCAUCUUCUUCUGAUGUCAUCUCCCUUUCAGCGGAACGACGUCCACGCCAGUGUCCACUGGUACUUAAGUAUCGACCAUAGUACCCAUAAGGACGGCCGUAGUAGCGGCUUCCGUACGAUUCGUUGCCGUUCAAGUCAUCUCCAACUUCAACGUUGCUGGCCUCUUCUUCCUGUUUUGCUUCUUCUACUGAGCGACGACCACGCCAAUAGCCAAGAUGUCCACCGUAGUAGCCGCGACGGAACUCGAUUGCCUCCUGGUCAGCAACUUCGAUGUUGGCUUCGUGUUCCGGUUGCACCUCCUCGACAGACCGACGUCCACGCCAGUAUUCAUGAUAUCCACCGAAAUAACCACGUCGGUGCCGUUCAGCGACGUCUUGAUCAGACACUUCCACGUUGCUCUCGGUUUUAGGUUUUACAUUUACCUCAACGGCAGCAGUCAGUGCCAAUGAAAGGCUAGCCAAUAUAACCUAAACAUCAACAUUUAAUAAAUUUGUGUACGGUACUUAAUCAUAAAUGUCAAACACGGUGUAAUGAUAGCGACAAAGAACUCACCACGAACUUCAUUUCGAACGAGUUGAAAAAUUAGUAGCAAGCUGUUGGUCAGUUGCAAGAAACUGAUGCUGUUGAAAUUUUCAUUUGGACUAUUUAUGCUUCGCCGUUCAAUGACAAAUCCGGCCACAUCGUUUAAUUCUUUCCACAUUAGAAAUUAACGAUUAACAAAUAAAACUUCACAUCGUCCCUGAAUUCUGUUUGUUAGAUGUAUAUCUUUUAUGUUCGUAUUAUAGACUAUGGAUACCGAAACCAAUCCUUAACCGGACAUGAGAAGUGUAUCGCGAAAUUAUCUUCCGUAUAGAGAAAACUUUCAAGGCAGCCCAAAACAUUACUGUUAAGGUUAAUUAGUUUGUACAAAGACAAUAAAGAUACGGUUGAACCAACAAUCAGCAAACAGCUUAUCUGCUUCGAUACACACAUGGUUCGUGCCACAUUUCCCAGAAAAUGUAAGGGAACAUUAGUUUUGCUUAACACCCUGUUUUAUUUGUUUAUUUUUAUUCGUCUACAGUCUACACUAGCGUGUCCGUUAAACCGUUAACGGUUUAGUAAACUUGUACUCAAUAACUCAAGUAUCCCACCCUAGAUGGCGAAAUCCUCGUCAUGGAAAAUUGUUGUCUAAUUUGGGCCUUAUUUCUUUGUUGAAAAAAUGGCGGUCAUGUGCGAGUGUCGGGACGUCAGGUUUAAUUAAGCGGCAGCAAGUAACCGGCUUACGUCAACAAUUCGUGCAGUAACAAACAGCAAUCAGCAGUGUAUUGCAGCAUGGAGUACCAAGAAGAAGAAAGUUUAGAAGAAAACAGUUUCAAACAGAUUCAUCUUAAUUAUCAGCUGUUUGUAUUGGAGAUCACCAACCCCAGCAUGGACCAAUCUCUCAUUCCAUCUUCUAUUGGAUAAUUGAUCGGUGAUUUCAUGCAUAAGAAGAUCACUUGUUUUGUAUUGUUGUUUUUUUUAUGUACAGGUUCUUAAUUAAAGGUUUCUAAAUUGUCAUGACCAACUUUAUGAGAAGUCAUGUCCAUUCAAGAAAAGGACAAGGACUCUACAGUCAACAAGGUUCCGUGUUUGCUAUCCUGCUACCCUUGGAUCUCCCUA